AUGCCUCCGAGACGUGCGCCUUUCGUUCGACCCACAUACGUCCGCAUUGGUCGCAUGCCAGCCAAGGACGAAGACGAUGUUGAAGGAAUCACGCUGCGAUACCACGUAGUCGCAACCGUGAACAAGAACGACGUUGUUGAGUUCUACGGCAUCGACACUUGGUGGUUCCCGCAAGCCCUGAUCGGCGCCUACGAUUGCCUGGACCGUAUUGCUGACAUCUACGCUCCGCCUCGCGCUUUACGUGCGGAUCCAUAUUUCGCAGGACCAUACAAUAUCGACAACCUUGAAGACGCCGUGAAAGCGUGGCUGGCGGCAAAGGCAGACGGGACGUGGAAGACGCUCCAGCCGCAAGCGAUUGAAGCACCACUGUGGCCUCUUCAGAGAAUGGGCGGUUGGCCAGUGCAAAAAGGGCGAGACAGGAGUGACCAGCCAAUCGGAGCAGUGAUCAAAAUCAUCAACUACAGCGUUCCGAGAUCCAUGGGAUUGCCUCGCAAUUGUCAAGCGUGGCUCGACGCAGACGAGAGCUAUGAUACUUUCAGGGCCUUUGUCGAGACGGAAACGGAAACUUGGCUUGCAAACCGCUCUCUGGGAUGGCUGCUCACGGAUGAUGACUCGCCAUUGAGGUACUGGGCUGACUUGGAGUUCUGGGUGAUGCCAAGGGGCGAGCAAGGUUUAGUGCACUGGUCGCCGACGGAAGGAAUGGUGGCUGGCGACUUUUUGAGAAUGUGGCAGCCCGCAGGUGCGAAGAGCCCUCGUUUGCUAUAUAUCGAAGUCAGAAUCGUCAGGGAUACCAAUUGGAAAGUGAAGGACACUCAGCAUAAGCAGAGAGUAGGACAGGCAAAUGGCGCAGGAAGGGGUGGAAAAUCUAGGCGGAAGAGAUAG